AUGGACGUCCUCUCGCUUCUGAAGGAGGAAGACGACAACCCGCGCGGACGCGGCGGCGCGACCGAGGCCUCUGGCCGGGUCCACCAGGGCGCCACUCUCGACGAGGCGGCCGCGGUCGAGGCUGCGCGGCAGGAGGCAAAGGAGCGCCGGAUACCGCUUCGCGAGCAGGAGGCGGGGAUCCUGCACCUGCUGCAGGCCAAGAGCCUCUUCGCGCGGCUGCGCCUGCCCGAACCGCACUACGACGCGGACGGCAAGCUCCUCUGGACGCCUCCCGGCGACCUCGUCCUCCGGCGCGUGUACGACGACCUCUCGCGCUGCUGCGCGCCGGACGUGUCGCAGCACCCGAAGCGCGAGGAGGGCUUCGCCAAGCUGAGCGAGGCGUACGACACCAUCUCCAACAAGAACGGGAGGCGAGACUGUCUCUGCUCGUCGCCCGGGACGCGAGACGCGUACGUCGCUGAGCGGGUGGCGGAGCUGCGCCGGCUCGAGCAGCUGCGCGAGCAGGUGCGGCGCGAGGCAGAGGAGAAGGCGGCGGAGAGCUCCGCGGCGUCGUCGCCGAGGCCGUCUGGCCAAGACCACCGCGAGCCGUGGCGGCACACGCGGAACACAGAUGCGGAACACGGAUACCCAGACGCCGUCGUCGAGACGCAAGCCGCGGUCUCGUCCAUCCGUUCAAAGCUGAGCGCGCCAAAGGCGGCGCGAGCGGAGCUUGGCGGCGCGGAGGAGCACCGCGCAAAGAUGGAGGCGGCGGGCAAGCCCGUCCCGCACUACCGCAAGUGA